GCGCUUUGCAGCUUAGAAAGGGACGGACCGAAGGGGAAACGAGCCGCGAUACCAACUCGUACCAUUUGUAGGAACAAAAGCUGAGAAACUUCAAAGAGGAGAGCAUGCAAAAGAAAACGGAACGAUGUCUCCACGAGCAGGAGAUGCAGGCUGUUAAAAAAUACAUCACUUGUUUUAUAUAGAGGAACAUUUGUGGGGGUGGACGCAAAUAAUUUGUAAUGCUGAAAUAUGAGAGAGCGAAACUGAGGCGGGUGAAUCGGGCACGCCAAAGGGGAGACAGUGUGUGUUUUCAGUGAAGUUAAGCUUACCAAAAAACCUGCAAGGAACAGGAUUUCUCAAAGUGGGGUAAAACGUGAUCCAUAUUCUCUGACACAAGGGGGGAAUCGAGCGGCCGAUUUCGCUUCUUUCAAACACUUCUGCACCCCUCGGCGGGUCGCCUUUAUAACACUUAUUAUCCAAGCGCCUUUCAGAUCGGAGAAGCUGCGGCGUCCCACGCUACGUUCAAGUCAAGAUUACAAUGAAAGUGGCGAAGUUCCGCAGAGCAUCAUGGAUUCUUUCAUUGACUGUUUCCAUCUGUAUUGUCACUGAAAGUUAUUCACAAGACAGGCAGGGGUAUUUGAUCGCUGCUCCCUCUGUGUUCCGUGCGGGUGUGGAGGAAGCCCUGAGCGUCACCAUCUUCAACGCUGUGGCGGACACGCGUGUGCAGGUGCAGUUGUCCGUGAAAGGCGAGGCCGUGGCCCACAGCCAUGGCACUGUGCGUGACAAAGGCACAAUCAAAUUGAAGGUGCCCCCUGGGUUGCGUGGACAGGCCCAUCUGAAGGUCUGGGGCAAUCGGCACCUGACCGAGGAGGGCUACAUCUUUCACAAUCACACCACAGUGACAGUGGACAGCAAGGGCACAGCCGUCUUCAUCCAGACGGACAAGCCGGUGUACAGACCCCGGCAGAAAGUGCUUAUUAAUGUGUAUUCAGUCAUGCCAAACCUGAGGCCAGCGAAUGACAAGAUGGACGCUUACGUUGUGGACCCGAGAGGAUCCCGGAUGAUUCAGUGGACAGACCCCAAACCUUUGUGUUGCGGAAUCGUGAAUAUGAGUUUCCCCCUGUCGGACCAGCCGGUGUUUGGCGAGUGGCUCAUCUUUGUGGAGAUGCAGGGACACACUUACAACAAGUCCUUUGAGGUGCAGAAAUAUGUGAUGCCCAAGUUCGAGUUGAUUAUUGAUCCGCCGCGAUACAUCCGUGACCUGAACGCAUGUGAGCAGGCAGCAGUGCAUGCCAGGUACACAUUUGGGAAACCAGUAGUAGGCAAGCUGACAGUGAACAUGACUGUGAACGGAGUGGGAUAUUACCGCCAUGAACUGGGCCAUCCGGUGGUGAAGACCAUGGACAUCAAAGGAUCUGUGACCUUUGACCUCUGCGUAAGGGAAAUGAUGCCCGUCGACGUGGCCGACCACUUCCGGGGCACGGUCAACAUAUGGGCGUCAGUGAACAGUGUGGAUGGGGGGCGGCAGACCAUGUUCCAUGACUCGACACCUGUCCAUAAGCAGCUGAUUGACAUAAAGUACUCCAAGGACACACGCAAGCAGUUCAAACCUGGUCUACCCUACAAAGGCAAGGUGGAGGUGACCUACCCAGAUGGGAGCCCGGCGGACGGGGUGAAGGUGAGAGUAAAGGCUGAGCUGACGCCCAAGGACAACGUAUAUGCCAGCGAGCUGACGUCCAGAUCGGGCCAGGCCGUGUUCGAGAUUCCCUCCAUCCCAACGGCAGCUCAGUAUGUCUGGUUGGAGACCAAGGUCACGACGAUUGAUGGCAAGCCAGCUGGAGACCAGUACCUUCCUAAUUACUUGUCAAUCAGCAGCUGGUAUUCACCCAGCAAGUGUCACAUCCAACUACAGAGUCCCAGUAAACCUCUGCAGGUUGGUCAGGAGGCUGAGAUUGCUCUGAAAUCUACCUGCCCCUGUAAUUUCACACUCCAUUAUGAGAUAGCUUCACGCGGAAACAUUGUACAGUCUGGUAAACGGCUGGUGAACGUCACCAAUCAUCGUGCCAAGAGAGCGACUGUCACCUUUGACAAAAAUAUCCACACCACGUUGCCCCCUAGUGGCUCUGCCUCAGCAGCCUCUUCGGCACAGACCGAGGCAGACGUUUGUGUUUCCGCUCUGGCCUUCACUGUCACUCCCGCCAUGACGCCGUUCAGUUGGUUACUGGUGUACUACGUGCGGGAGAAUGGGGAGGGAGUGACCGACAGCCUGCAGAUUCCCGUGCAGCCCAGCUUCGAGAAUCAGGUGUCUGUCUCUCUUUCUACCAACGAGUCGAUGCCAGGUGACCCUGUCAGUCUGCGGGUCAAAGGUGAGAAGGGAUCCUGUGUCUGCCUGGCCGCUGUGGACAAGAGCCUCUAUCUUGUCAAACCUGGCUUCCGGCUCAGCAUAGAUAAGGUGUUCAGGGAGCUUGUUGAAUUUGACGUGUCUGAUGCCUUUGGAGCACCCAAGGACGACGGCCACUUUUGGUGGCCAGGACUGUCAUCACGUCGAAAGAGGCGCUCGUCAGUCUUCCCCUGGCACUGGGACAUCACCAAAGAUGCCCGCUUUGCCUUCACGGAAGCUGGCCUGGUAGUGAUGACUGACUUGGUGAGCCUCAACCACCGGCAGAGCGGGGACAUGUACACCGAUGAGGCCGUUCCUGCCUUCCAGCCGCAUACGGCCACGCUGGUGGCCUCGCUGCCCCCCCGCGCCGUGCCCAGGGCGGAGAAACGCAGACGCACGUUUUUCCCAGAGACGUGGGUGUGGCACUGCCUCAACGUCAGCAAUGUAACUGGAGAAGCCGAGCUGCAAUUGGACGUUCCCGAUUCCAUUACUACCUGGGUGACUGAGGCGAUUGGCUUGUCAGAGGAAAAGGGGUUGGGCCUGGCCCAGAGGGCGGAGCUGCGUACAUUUAAGCCGUUCUUCGUGGACUUCACUCUGCCGUACAGCGUCAUUCGCGGGGAGCAGACCAAAGUGCCCCUUACAGUCUACAACUACCUGCCCUCCUGUGCAGAGGUUUAUGUGAAGGUAUCUGUGCCCAAAGGGAUCAAGUUUGUGGGGCACCCUGGAAAGAAUCACCUGACCCGCAAGAAGUGUGUUGCCGCGGGGGAGGUCACCCCCACAUCCAUCGUCCUGUCAUUCGCUGAACUGGGCGCGUCAAACAUCACAGCACGUGCCGUGGCCUACAGUGAACCAGAGUGCUGCAGCGAUGCAUUCCAGGCCACCAGACCGGGCAGAGGACCUCAGGAGACAGAGGACCGGAGCACAGCUAUCGGCAUGGACUUUGUGCGCCGGAGCGUGCUGGUGGAGCCAGAGGGCGUACCCAGGGAGUACACCUACAGUGUCUUCUUCUGCCCCAACGAAAGGAUACACAUCUCCACGCCCAACAAAUACGAGUACCAGUACGUGAAGAAGCCUGGGCACAUGACGCACUUCGAGGUGGCAGUGAAGACCCACAACGACGCCCACUUCGCCUUGUCGGCCAGCCCCCACGACAGCGCCGAGAUGGUGGAGAUCGUGCUGGGCGGUAGGCAGAACACUCGCUCCUGGAUCUCACUGGGAAAGAUGGGCGACCCGGUGGCCAGCGCCACCACACCCGGCAUCCUCUCCUGGGAUGAGUUCCGCAGUUUUUGGAUCAGCUGGAAGGGCGGCGUGGUCCAGGUUGGCCACGGCGUGCAGCCCUCCAACGAGACGGUGAUCAUGCACUGGGCCGGUCCCCUACUGGCUCAGGUGCGGCACGUGGGAUUCUCCACCGGCUGGGGCUCCGUGGGAGAGUUCAAGAUCUGGCGCAAGGAGGAUGUGGACGAGAACCACAAUGAGGCGUUCACCCUGGGGGUCCCACACAACGUGGUGCCUGGGUCAGAGAGGGCCACGGCCUCCAUGAUUGGGGAUGUCAUGGGUCCUACGCUCAGCAACCUGGACAACCUGCUACGGCUCCCCUUUGGCUGCGGUGAGCAGAACAUGAUCCACUUCGCGCCCAACGUCUUCGUGCUGAAGUAUCUGCAGAAGACCCAGCAGCUGAGCCCGGAGGUCGCGGCCGAGGCCACUGACUACCUGCUGCAAGGUUACCAGAGACAGCUAACCUAUAAGCGGCAGGAUGGCUCCUACAGCGCCUUUGGCGAGAGGGACUCGUCCGGCAGCAUGUGGUUGACGGCCUUCGUCCUGAAGUCCUUCUCUCAGUCACGCGGGUUCAUCUUCAUCGAUCCGGAGGAGCUGCAGGCUGCCAAGGCCUGGCUGAUCAGACACCAACGAGAGGGGGGCUCCUUCCCGGCUAUGGGCAGGAUCCUCAACAAAGACCUCCAGGGUGGGAUUCAUGGGAAAAUUUCCUUGACUGCAUACGUGGUGACUGCCCUCCUGGAGACGGGGAUAUCUACUGAGGAGGAGAAGAUGGCACUUUCCAAGGCCAAGGCUUUCCUGGAGGCUAACGCUUACUCGGCCGAUGACCCGUACACCGCGGCUGUGUCGGCCUACGCCUUGGCACUUCUGCGCAGCCCCUAUGCCCCCCUUGCCCUGCGGCGGCUCAACCACAUGGCAAUCACACAGGAUGGUUUCACCCACUGGAGCCUGACCGGCAGCACGGUGACAGAUGAGGACACCUUCAUGGGCUUCAGUGACGGCCUGUUUCAGUCAGUCGUGUCAGCGGAGGUGGAAAUGACCGCCUACGCCCUGCUCACCUACACGCUGCUGGGGGAUGUGGCGUCCGCCCUGCCCGUGGUGAAGUGGCUCUCUCAGCAGAGGAAUUCCCUUGGUGGUUUCUCCUCUACACAGGACACAUGCGUGGCCCUGCAGGCUUUGUCAGAAUACGCCAUCCUGUCAUACAUUGGCGGAGUCAACCUGACCAUCUCCCUGGCCUCCACCAACCUGGACUUCCAGGAGACCUUCGAACUGCAUAGAGACAAUGAAAAGAUCCUGCAAAGUGCCAAGAUUCCCAGCAUCCCCACGGGGCUCUUCGUCAGUGCCAAGGGAGAGGGCUGCUGCCUGUUGCAGAUUGACGUGUCCUACAGUGUCCCCGACCCUGUGCUCAGACCUGCUUUCCAGCUGACGGUGGCCCUGAAGGAGCCGAGAACAGAGCGCCACCCGCCUGCGGCCUCUCGCUCCCGCACUCGCUCCCGUGUCGAGAACCUCUCCGAGCUGAGGCGCAGGCGCCGGGCGCCUGCCGACGACGAGGACCCCGGCGCCCAUCAGGACCACCUCGACUACCGAGUCACGCUGGAAGUUUGUGCCAGGUGGCUUCACUCCGGCUCGUCCAACAUGGCCGUGUUAGAGGUGCCGCUUCUGUCUGGCUUCCGUGCCAACCUGGAGAGCUUAGAGAAGCUGUUGAUGGACAAACGGGUCGGCCUGAAAAGGUACGAGGUGGACGGAAGGAAGGUUGUCUUCUACUUCGACGAGAUCCCCAGUCAGUGCAUGACCUGUGUCGGGUUCCAGGCCAUCAGGGAGUACAUUGUGGGCAAGACGGCGCCCCUGGCUGUCAAGGUGUAUGACUAUUAUGAACCAGCGUUCGAGGCCACGCGAUUCUACAACGUGAGCGAGAAUAGCCCCUUGGCCCGCGAGCUGUGCGACGGCACCACCUGCAACGAGGUGGAAAGCUCUGCUAACCAGUGGAUAGGAUUUGCACAGGGGAAUCAGUGCAACAAUGUCUUUGGCUGUCUGGAGGAGGAGCACUUCGAGCGCUGCACCUGCUACCGGGACUGCGGAUAUGAUGGCGAUCCAGUGUGCGGUUCCGACGGUCAGCUGUACCAGAACCAGUGCCAGAUGGAGGCGGCCGCCUGCCGCAACGGGACCCGCAUCGAGCAGAUGCCCCUGGCGCAGUGCCCCCAGAAGCCAGCUACUGAGGAGUGGCAGCCAGUGACAAGGCCGAUGCAAGUGCAGGAACCUGAGGCCACACAGACAGGAACCAGGCCAUAUCCGACCCGUACCAUGAAGCGCGUUUCCAGCUCUUUGAUUUUCCACUCCACAACGGUUAGCUGGGUUUGAAGAGCAGCAGCGGCAUAAAACUGAAAAGAUGCUUGUUUACUGUGUACAUCAUGAUUUACUAUUUACUCAUUUCUGUUGGCAUGUUUGUGAGAAUUGUUAUGUUAGCAUCAAAUACUAGUGGAAUUAGCAUUAGCUUGCAUAAAUUUGCAUUACGAAUCAAUUCUAUUGAGCCAUUCUACUUUUUCCAAGUUCUAAGGCAUUGGGAAUGUGUCAAUACAUUGCGCUUUAUGUUACUACUAAUAAUAAAUAACUAUGUUUCUUCCUUGUCGCCACGUGUUUUGACCAAUCAGAUGAUGGAGUCAUAGCCAGCUCUUUUAAGUCAUGCUUUCAGCACUACUAGUAAGCAGGACCACGUCGGCACAGGUACAGCUUGGGUACUAAUCUGCAAUGAGAAACCGUCUCUUCGCGGUAUGGCUCUGGUACCGCUUGGUUCUUGAUGGGAGUGGAAAAGAGCCAGUAGCACACUUUACAGUGACCUCAUCGUAUUACCUUACAGUGAUGUCAGAGUACACCUUAGUGACCUCAUAAUGCAGCUUACAAUAAGUGACCUCAUGCCAUCCCUGACACUACAUUGUCCCAUCAGUGUCACCGUAGAUCAUCUCAGCUGCUGGGGAGCUGACACACCCAGCUAGUGGGACCAGUUGCAUUGCUCAUGUAUGAAACCCAAAAAGAACAUGGAUUUGUCUGGAUGCGCACAGGAAACUGGAAAAAUAUUAGUUACAUAUUAACAGCUUUGUCGGCCAUUUGCACUGAAAUGGAAGGCUGGACGUCACGUCAAUCUGUGUGAGAAUAUUUAUAGCUCUUAGACAUGUUGUCGCGAGUGUCAGUGUCCCCCCUCCCCAUAGUUUCCUUCAAUGAAACACAGCAUGCGAACCAAAUGGUGGGCGAAGUUGAAACAGCCCCUCCCGUCCAGGCCUGCUGAUUGUGAAGUUCUCCCCAGGCUUGAUUACAUGGGCUGCCACACAGGGCUGUUUGGACUUGCCCCCAUCGGCUUGGGACAGUGAAGAGCAGAGCCCCUGAUACAGUGAGGGCUGGGGUCCAGCCGUGUAAUCACUACAGUGUGCUUGUGCAUAUCACAAGAGCCCCAUUUAAAGACUCGCGCUCUCAUCUUGGCUCUGAAUCAUCCGGCAGGACAUUUGACUGAACAUCUAGAACGUUUGACUCCAGAUUUUUAAUUGCCAUUCAGAGUUGUUGUGAGAUUCCGGAAUUUUUACCAUACAGUAGUAAAAUAGUUCUGCCACAGGGCAUGUAGGAUUUGAAAAGUUCAUUUUGAGGUGCUGGUAUUCCAAAGGAUAGAAACCUGUUUAUUCUGGAAAGAGAGACACACAUGAUCUGUGUAUGUGUGUGGGGGUGGUCCAAGUAUACAUUACAUUGUGGGUACCAAAUGCCCCCACAGUGUGAUUAAAAACCUGUUAUUUUGAUGUUGCGGGGACACAUUUUUUGGUCCCCAAAAGUUUUGUAAAAAUCUGUGACUACAAUCAAAAAACUAAAAAUGCCAAAAGUCUCGUAUUUUGUUUGGUUACUUAUGGUUAAGGUUAGGGCUGGGUCGGGGUUAAGGGUGUCAUUGUUGGGAUUAGACUUUUCCAUAGAAAUGAAUGGAGAGUCCCCACAAAGAUAUAAUUACAAACCUGUGUGUGUGCAGGGGGGUGGGGGUUCUGCAGCCACGCAGAAGCAUCUUUCAUGUGGCCCUGCCUGUGUCAACUUGUUCCCAUCCUGCAGUUCGCAGGGGGCGAGAAUGUGCACUGCAGGGGAGCCGUUAGAUUCAAAAGCCGUUACAGCUGUCGGCAUGAGGGGCGCAGGGCAGCGCGCUGCCAAGUCCGUAACGAAGCAGAUAUACAAUCGCCGUGAAAUACCACAUCUCGGGGAAUUCUUCCACUGACAACUGUGCUGCUAUUGUUUACACGCGCACUAAACCAAGGUUGCUGUUAUGCUGGAGGUUAGAGACGAGUAAGUGACUAACCCCCAGUGAUAGAUUUCAGGGUCUGUAGGCAUCUGUGCUGGGCCUGGCUCUGCUUUCCUGGGCUAUUGUGACCCCUACAGGCGAGACUGGUAAAAUUAUCCCAACAAUAUGUUAUAGGUGUUAGAUGGACUGCAAUAAUAACAAUCAAUAAUCAGUGUUGGAGAAGUUGCUAAUCCAUUAUAGAGAUGGAAAGUUCUGGUCCAGAAAGUACAAAUCCAGACCAAGGUUUUGUUUCAACCAACCAGUUGAGUAUAAAGAGUCACAGUUGCAGAGGACUCAUCUGGAUUUGUACUUUCUGAACCUUCCACCUUUCUCUGUACUGGAUUACUUUUGUGAGUAACUUCCCCGACACUGGGAAUAAUAAUACGUCAUUUGAUGUACUGUGAUUUAUUUUAGCAUAUAUUUGUCAGUGUA